UAAAAGGCCCGCUGACUGCUGCUGACAGCAGAGGAAGGUUUUGGAAGGAAAAACCAUGGCUGGUGGUUCUCAAUUCAUUUGGAUUCCGCUCCUCUUCACCUGUGUACUCUGCACUUCUGAUCCCAGAGCUGGCCACAACAGGUUGGUCAGAACUGGGAAUCCCGACUUGGACACAAUCCUUUCCAGGAUCCUUCUAUCCACUGACUUUCAAAACAGCCCUGUAAAUGUGACGUCAAUUGUCAUCAAAACUUGCACCGGUGUGAAAGAAACUUUGGAGGUGUUACAAAGGAAACUUCAGCAGGCGAAUCACCGUUACAACCAACUCGGUGACGAGGCCUUUGGGCUGAGGACAGAGGUCAUACAGCUGAAAGUGGAACUUGCUGCAUGCAUGUCAACAGCAUCGUCUACAUCUGGCACGUACCAACCCAAUCUGCAGCUCAAAAUGAAGCAGGGGCUGGAGAAGCUUGAUGGUGACACACUUCUCCUUUUUAAAAUAAUGACACUCACCGGGGAGGUGAGCACUUUGCAGGAGAAGACCAAGCUUGCUACUAAUUCUAACAGAACUGCAGACGAAAUCGCAGAGCUGCAGAAAGAGCUGGACAAGACGACGGCUGAACUCAAAGAUCAGAUACAGGAAGCUGAACAAAGCCUUUCAAAUGCAACUCUCAUACUUCAGAUAAUCUCCCUGCAGAAUCAGCUCUGGGAUUUACAAGAGGCAGAAACAAGAGGGGGAAAACCAAACUCUGGGAGUUCAAUUGGCAUGACUCUGGUGAAAGAACAGCUCAACAGGAAGAUCGUUCUGCUGCAAGAAAAAGGAGAUGGCUACUCUGCUAAUUUGCUGGAGCUGAUUUAUGUGCGCACGAAGAUUGCAGAGUUGAAGAGGAUGAUCAUCGAUGCUAUUGAGAAAUCCAAAACCUUCGCCGCUGAUGCCAGGAAGCAAUGGAUGCAAAAGAUUGAUCUCCUCAGAAAGCUGAUUAUACAGCUGAAAGAUGACGAGAACAACAGGGAACUAACCUUGCAAAUUAUGAGAGUGCAGGCCGAGGUGCUACAUUUUGAACAGCUGAUGAGAAACGCCAAAAACAUCACUGAUUCCCAAAUUCAAGGGUUCCGCGUUUUGUUGGACAGAGAGAAGCAAAGGCAUGAUGUUUUACAGAGGCAACUGGAAGCAGUGGAGUAUGUUAAGGCACAGCAGAUCGUGCAAGUCAUCAGCCUAAUAGAAGAAAUGAAAAAGCAGCACCUGACAGGCCAGCCCACCACUGUGCGUGGAGUUACAGAAAAAAAAUACAUCGAAGCUCAGGCCAAAAUAAGAGAGCUGCAGAGGAAACUGCGACUGAAGACUGAAUUAGAUUCCAAAUUUGUGAAAAGAUAUGAGCAGGUGAAGAUCGACUUUGACCGCAAGAUUGCUGAACUGAACAGAACCGAGGACUUCCAACCAGCUCUCAUUGUAAAGCUGAUGAGCCUGCAUGAUGAACUCAAGGCUUUGAAGGAUCAGAUCUCUCUCUCAGAAGACAAAGACUUGACCUCCGAGCUACGGAAACAACUGGAGAGAAAACAAGAAGAACUGAGCUCAGGAAUUGCAGACAUAGAACGUCUGACUUCUAGCCCAGGAGCAAUUUUAAAGAUCCUUGAACUGCAACAUGAGUUAUGGACCCUUCGGAACAAGGCCACCAAUGGAACCACAAGCGAUCGAGAAGAGGAGUUACAGGACAGACUUGACGGCUUCAUCGAUGAAAUCAACAACAGAGCCGGUGAAAACACAAAACUGAUUCUGAAAAUCAUCAGUCUGCAAAGUCAGCUGGAGCACCUGGAGACGCUGCUGUCACAAACCUACAAUUCAAACUCUCCAAGAAUGGUGAUCAUAAGGAACACUCUAACAAAUGAGCUUACAUUCAAGAGAGCCGAGCUACAGAAAUAUAUCAAUGAGCUGAAUAACAAGAAUCCGGCUAAUGCCAGAUUAAUUCUGGUUAUCGCUGAACUCUACAAACAUCUCAAAAGAAUUGAAAGAGAAAAUCGUGACGAUAACGCAGAAUCCUCUUUAACAUUAACUCUCCUUCAGAUGUUUCUUCAAAACAAAAACAGGGAAUAUGCUCAUAUGAAGGAUAAAUUCGCAGAGUUGGAGAGGCAACUGCUGUUAAAGACACAUGAGUGCUCUGGACUCGAACAACAACGAAACCAGCUGAAGACUGAAGUUGAAGAUAAGAUUGCAGAACUGAACAAAACGAAAGACUUCAAAACUGCUCUGCUCCUGAAUGUGAUCAACAUGAAGGCUGAAGUGAGGGCUUUGAAGGAGCAGAUCUCAAACUCAAAAGAUCCAGAAAUCAUCUCACAGCUGCAGAUGCAACUGGAGAAGAAGCAAGAUGAACUGAUUACUAAGACUGCAGAAAUGGAGGAAUUGAUUGCCAACCCGAGAGUGGUUUUACAAAUCCUUGAGCUCCAGAAUGAGAUAUGGGACCUGCAGAACAAGGAUGUGAAUGGGACAGCUGGUGACCAGAUAAAAGCGCUACAAAACAGAAUAGACACACUCAUGGCUCAAAUAGGCAGCAGUGAUCGAGAUAACACCAAACUGACACUGAAAAUCCUGAAUCUGCAGAGUCAGGUGAAGCAUCUGCAGAAUCUGCUGUCAAACCGCGAGACUCUACAAACCAGUAAGCUAACUGAGAUCACAAAUGAGCUUGCAGCCAAGAAGGGAGAGCUGGAGAAACAUGUCAAUGAGCUGAAAGAGAAGAACCAGGAAAAUGCCAACCUGAUUUUGAACAUCACUGAUCUGCAAAGCCAACUUGAAAACCUUGAAAAAGUUAAGACAGCUGAGGAUAAAGAAAGUGCUGCUACAAUUUCUAAUCUCAGAAAACAACUGAAGGUUAAAGAGGAGGAGCAUUCUCGUGAUCAGGAAGUGAUCCUCGACUUGCAGGAAAAACUGAACGAGACAGAAAGAUGUUCAGAUGAUAAGCAGAAAAUUACAGAUCUGCAGCAAAGCCUGAAUGACAAAAUCAAGGAGCUGCAGUCCAAAUCGAACUCUGUUACUUCACUUGCUCUACAAAUUUCUACAUUAACUCAGCAAGUGGAGCAACUGAAAGCACAAAUGAACAACUCUGUGUCCAAAUCCAAGGUUGAUGAGCUCCAAAAAGCCAUAGAUGAAAAGAACGAGGAGCUGGACAAACUAACAAAAGAGCUGAAAGAGAGAAGCACUCAACCACAACGAUUUCUGCAGAUUAUUGCACUGCAAACAGAAAUCGAGAAACUGGUCACUGUGGCUGAAAAUGAUACAGAUGACGAGAAGAUUAAAGCACGUCAAGAAGAGCUCAAUUCUUUGAUAGAGGGAAUUAAAGAUGAACAGAAUGAAAAUAUUAAGCUGACAUUUCAGAUCUUGAAUCAGAAAGAUGAAAUAGCAAGACUGAAGAAGCAAAAAAACAGGAAGAAUGAGACACAAGAAGCACAAAUUAAAGAUCUGGAAGAUCAACUGAAGGCCAUCAGGAAUGAGAUACAACAAAAGACAGACCUGCUGGAUAGAAAAGAUAGAAAUAUUGCUAAUCUGUCUGCUCAGAUUAUGGAGCUUGAAGUGCAAAUUAAAGAACUGGAAGAUAACAUAGCAGCCCUCAAAGAGGCUCAUACUGAGAGCCUUGCAGACCUUCAAAGGAGACUAAAGUUGAAAGAGAGGCAGCUGGAUGACACUGAAAGUCAACUUGAGCAUAUAGAUGCAGAGAAUUAUAAAUAUGUGAUGGAGAUUGCUGAUCUGAGGGUGAAACUGAAAAAGGCGGUGACGCAGACAUCUGACAAAAAAAUCAAAGACGUGGAGAAGAAACUAAAAACACAAGAAACAAAGAAUAAAAAACUUGAAGCUGCAAACAAAGACCUAAAGCAGGAAGUCACAGAGCUGAAGAUGUGCUGCUCUCAACCGCCAGAGGAGUGUGAAGACUUGCGAAGAGAUUUGCAGCAGUGCCAUGAUGAUGCAGACCGCCAGCUGCAGGAGCAACAUCAGAAGGAUGCCAAGCUCAACCAGUUGGAGCAGGAGUUACAAAGACAGAACAGGGAGAAUAACAAACUGCAGAAUAAUAUUGACAGGCUUCAAAGGGAACUAGGUAAUAUAGAAGAAAAGACCAUCCAUACCUCAAAGAUGACCUUCGAUCCAGACACAGCGCACCCAAGAAUAGUUUUAUCUGAUGAUGAAACCGAGAUGACCACUGCAGAUUUUAUACAAGACGUCCCCAACAAUCCAAGACGGUUUGAUGUGAUUCUGGGGGCCCUAGGUGCCACUGGCUUCUCAUCUGGCAAGCAUUACUGGGAGGUUUCAGUAGCUGGAAAGACCUGUUACCACCUUGGGAUGACCAGUGAAUCUUCUCGAAGAAAGGGAUCAAUAUCCUUCAGUCCAAACAAUGAUUACUGGACUAUAGUCCUGGACAAACAGGGUCAGUACAGAGCUAUAGAGCAUAGGAGAACGAUUCCCAUUCCUACUGAGAUACAACCAGUUACCCUGGGUAUCCUGCUAGAUUACAAAAAGGGAACCAUCUCUUUUUAUGAUUCAGGGUCCAGAACUCAUAUGUAUUCUUUUGUAGGUCAGCACUUCACAGGAAAAAUUUAUCCAUUUGUCAAUUUCUGUGUAGAAGAUGGCAGCGCUCCAAAUCCAGUAGUUUUAAUUACUCCUGGAGCAACUGACUGGAUAAAAUAAGGGUCACGAGAAGUUCUGUCCGCACCCAUGUCAAAAUGUGUGACAUUUACGAGUAUGGGAAAUAAAAUAAUAACUGAAGAAUAAGUGCACAUAUUUCUGCUACUGUUGCUAUUAAAUGCUUUAGACAGUAAAACAAAUAUACCAUGCUUGCAACAUUCUCUCCCUGUCUUUAAAGCCAACCUUAAGUCUGCCUACUCUCUUUGAUUUGAAUCAUGCUGUUAACUCUAUGGUUUUUACCAGCUGUUAUUUUUAUCAAUACUGUGAUUUUGAUAUUUGAUUCUAUGUAAGGUGUCCCUGAGUGUCUCAGCAGGUGCCUAUUAAUAAAAUUCAUUACUAAAA